GCUGGCGCUGCAAUCGAAGGAAGUCAUUCGUUCGAUUGCCUUGACCAUUCAUUUCGUUUCCGGCUGUAGAUGGUUGUAGAAGGUGGUUAAAGAUGUGCGGAGCGAGCAGUUGGCACGUGGUUGAAAAAGGUAACUUUUAUUAAUAUUGUUACGCAUCGCAAAUCAGCACAGGCACUGUACAGUUUAAAUAAAUAAAAAAAAAAAUUAAAAUCAAGUUUUUAAAUCACGAAAAUUAAAUAAACAAAACAAGAUUGAAUACAAAUAUGAAAAGUAGACAGGUUACAAACGAUUCAUCAAAUGAGCGUAAAAAUAAGGAAUUAGUUAACAUGAAGCCGAUUAAGAUCAUUAAGGAAAAAACGGUAAAAAUGGAUAAGUCAGAAUUUCAUCGACUCCGAAAGAAAAAUACUAGUGACUCCGAAAAAGCGAAUGUUAAAAAAUCUAAGGAUCACAUGCACAAUAAUAAAAAACUGGAAUCACAAAAUGAAGAGAAUAAUAUAGUGCCAAAAUAUGGAUUAAAAAGGAAACGUUCUAGAAACAAUGGCAUGCAAGAUAAUAAAGAUAUAACUGUUGAUCUGCGAUUAUCGAAACUGCAGAAACGUAGGAAAGUAGAUAUCACUGAAGAAAAUACAGAUACCUUAAAUUUAAACGAUUUAUCGAGAGAACACAUAUUGCAAUGCAUUAGAGCUAUUUUCCAUCUAACUGAAGAACAAUUAGAAAGUAAAAAUGCACUAUUCGAAGGAGAGUCUCAUCCAGUAUUUAUGCAGGUGACAUGCAUAAGAGUACCUAAAACACCAAGGAGACAAAUGAGAAUAUUAUUACAGCAUUCAAUAGUUUCAUCGAAUGAUGAAGUUGCACUUUUUGUUGGUGACUUACAAAGAGGCAGAAGAAAAGAUUACGAGCCAACAAUAGAACAUUAUGAAGAGUUGUUACGCAAACAUGGAUGUACAAGUAUAAAAGCUAUACUACCAUUGAAUCAAGUGAAAACUGAGUAUGAUCAGUAUGAAUUAAAAAGAAAACUUGUGGCUAGCUAUGAUCAUUUCCUUGUAGAUGGAAAAAUAGCUGGCCACUUGUCUCAUUUAUUGGGAAAACAGUUCUAUAAAAAAAGAAAAUUGCCAACAUCUAUUAGGAUGCAAAGUAAAGACUUAAAGCAUGAAAUAGAAUAUGCUUUGAAAAAAACCACUAUGCAAUUGCAUUCUUGUGGCGAUACUCAUAUUGUUCAAAUUGGACAUACAUCCAUGACAAACGAAGAACUUCUGGAAAAUGUGUUAACGACAUGUAAAUAUUUAUCUAAAAAUUAUCCAGGUGGAUGGGCCAAUAUCCGCUCUAUUCGUAUUAAAACACCUAGUAGUCUCGCUCUUCCUAUUUAUACAACGCUAAAGAGUAAAAACUCUGUUAAAACACCAAUGGUGCACCCUAAAAGACCAAAAGCAUAUCAUGCAGUGACAGGUGAAUUAAGUACUAUUUCUGGUAAUACCAUGGUAACUGUUACUCCUGAAGGAUUUGUUAACAUUGAAAAAAAAAGAAUGAGAAUUAGAAGACAGAAAAUGGAAUAAAGAUGGAAUUGUAACAUUUUUUUGUAUUACUUUAUUAAAUCUAGUAAACAAAGUUAAAAAAUU